CAGUCGAUAUUAAAAACAUGCAGAGGGAGAGCGGCUCGGGGCCUUCCAGAGUCAGGAAAAAGACGUCGGGCAGCUGCAGACAGGAGAUGGGCACGGCGCUCGCGUUUCCCCCCCAGCCCAUUGAUUUGUGUAUGAAAACAUAGCGCUGCCAUUCUCCCCCCGUCUGGGCUCUCGCUCCCGAGUGAUCAGCUGAUGAAGAGACUCGCAGCUCGCCGCUAUGCUGGUUUGCUAAUUCUCUCCCCCGCCGCCGCAGCCGAUCCUGGGAGCCCGCCCGCAGACCGCGCUCAGCCUGAGGCAGGAGAGAACGGUUCGCUGGAGAACAUGGAGGAGGACAUCAGCCUAAAGAAACGUAAAGGUGAUCACCAUGGGGAGAGAGUGCUGCAGGCCGCGCAGGAAACCGUCGAGAAGGUGAAAAGGAAGCGAGGCCGCCCGCCAGCAGAGAAACUGCCUCCGAAUCCACCUGAGCUCACCAGAACACUGAACACGCUGGUCGACAUGGUGAUCAACUACAAGGACGGGUUGGGUCGGCAGAUCAGUAAAGGCUUUGUGCAGCUUCCCUCCCGGAAGGAGGCACCUGAGUACUACGAGCUGAUCCGGAAGCCUGUGGACUUCAGGAGGAUCAGGGAACGUGUGCGCAAUCACAAGUACAGAAGUGUGGGGGAUCUGGAGAAGGACAUUUUCCUCCUGUGUCACAAUGCUCAGACUUAUAACCUGGAAGGAUCUCAGAUCUAUGAGGAUUCAAUUGUUAUUAAGUCUGUUUUCGAGAGCGCGAGACAGAGAAUUGUCACAGACGAGGAGCAGAAGGAGACGGUUAGCACCAGUCACAGUGAUAAUGGCGGCAGAGCUGAAGACCAGUUUGUUCCAUCAGCAGGGAAACCACUACCAGUCCAGCUAAAGAAGGGCACUAAGGAGGAGAGAAGCAGAAAUACAAUGGCCAAAAGGCUCCACAGUGAUUUAGACAGUGAUGAGGAUCUAGAGGCUAACACCACAAAGGAUGAAGGGUGAACUGCAAGGCCUCAAAAGGUCCAUUUUUUGUAGUCUUCUUCAUGUCUGUUCACUGCCACAUCCCUUUUCAUUGGUUUCCUCAUUUUCUAAGCAAAAUAAAGGUCUUUGAAAAUAGAACAGAAGGGCCCACUCGAAGAGAGCCACUCGCUGCACUUAGUGCUGUUCCUUUACUUUAGCUAGUAUUUUACAGUAAUUAUGAUUUCCAUUCUAUCUGCCUUGGUCCCUGUGAAUGCUUCUGCAGAUAUUAUGUAAAACACCAGUGUCAUUGACUGUUUUUAAUCAGUAUAUUUGAUUGUAUGAAAAGCCUUCGUAUGUCUUGGAGCAUGAUUUGUAUCUCUCCUGAAACCGAGAUCCUCCAGAGCAGCGCCCGCCGAAGAACCGCAGCGCGGGGAAGGUCUUUUUAACGACAACGGGAACAAACGAACACUGCGAGUGUGUAAAAAUCUCUGAAUGAGAUUAGAGAUGCUACAUCUUUGAUUAAAUAAUCAUAAUAAACACACAGCGGACGUAUGAGGACAAAGAGACUUGAUAGUACGCCUUUUGUAUGAUUCUGAUGCUUGAUGGAGUCAGUUUGGGUCUUAUCAAGGGUACUCAAGUUGAACAUUUAUAUCCCUUCUGCUACAGUAUAUUCCCAUAUUGUACAGUCUGUGCAGAGUGAUUCAAAACUCUAUUGCUUUUCAGUUACUCUCCUAGUUGGGGAGGACAGAAGACAUCGUUGUUAAGACAAUCCCGGCAAACAUGUAUCACUUCAACACUUGGGAAAAUAAAUUUUACCAAGAAAUCCCUCGGGUUCGUGGUUACUGUUGAUGCAGCACUUUUAUGAAACCAGAGAAUGGUGGAUGUCUUUAUCAGAUGAUAAAUAAAAUCAUGUUCAGUUUGAAUACAUAAUCUACUAUGUAAUCAUCUAUACGUCUAUAUUCAUGCAGGAGCUUCUUUCAGUCAGCAUUAUUCACGUGUGAGCCUGUAUUUUCAAUAUAAAGCCAAUAGGUGGUGGAAGAGAGCUGUGUACUUAUAAUUAUACUCACUACAAGUUUUUUAGACGCAUGUUUUAGUAUCUGUGUCCCUUUGCAUCAAUAUCUUAACCCAGGUGUAAUUUAAAAGAUGAAUUUAUUUUAUAUUCUAUAUUUAUUUAAUGCCAUGAAUAUAUAAACGACCACAUCAAAACCUGGGUCCAUAAUUAUUAAUAAAAUAAGAAGUGCCCCUAAAGAUGUGUUGAAGUACCAACUAAAUGAUAAUAAUUAAUUAUUUGCGCAUGAACGAUACAAUCAUUUUAUCAAGUGACUGACAACAAAGUGCUCUCAAGUGAUCAUGCCUGAAUUAUGGAAUCAACGAUUUCAUCAAUCUAACAUACAGUAUUUAUCAUGUUUAAAUAUAUAAACAGAGAUUAAUAGGAAAUGGCAGCAGAUAAUGAAGAUGCAUGGAAAAAGGAUUGUUGUAUGUUUCUUCAGACCCCUGAUGAAUACCAACAAAAUAAAAAAGCCUAAUCAUACUGCUCCAAAUAAUGAUUCUAUUUUAAGAAAGAAGAGGCUUGAUGAACAUAUGAAUUCAUCGUUUUUUUUUAUAAUAUCCAAAGUCAAAAUGUGUUAUUCGGUGAUGUGACACAAGGCACUGUUUCCACAAAUGAUUGACAAAAUAGUCAAGUGUUUUGACAAUGGAGUUAUCCACAAUUAUUAUCACCACCAUUUUGUGACCAUUGUGUACUGUGUACUUUUUGCUUACAGAAGA